AUGCACUUUAUUGUCCUCAGAAAACUGAAUGGAAACCUCUUGAAAACUCUCUCCGAGGGAAGCCUCCAUGGGCUAAAGCUUUUACGACAACUGGAUCUCAGCAACAACCCAUGGGAAUGCAACUGCUAUCUCUACUGGCUUAGCAACUGGAAAAACACUUCGCUCUUCCGGUUAAACUCUACACCUAUGUGUGAUUCCCCUCCAUCUCUGCACGGUCAAUCACUCCUUGACCUGCGUACCUCGGAGGAACUCGAAUGUCAGUUUAACUCCCCAACUCUACAAAUAAACCCAGACCAAAACCAAGUAAUUUUCGCGGGUGACUCAAUAAACUUGGAAUGCAGUGUGCCUAACAUAAGAGACGAUAGGACAGCCCGACUAGACUGGACAUGGAAUCCUAGUGUCUUCAAAGACUCAGGGAGCUUUAUAAAUCCCCAAGACAUUCUAUCCAACAUCAAAGUAGAGAACAGGUAUCUCUCUAAUUCUGGUGUAAUUCACAGCUCCAUCACAAUUUUCCCAGUCAGGAAAGAACACAAUGGGCAAUGGAACUGUCAACUAAUCUCAAUAUACGGUAACAAAUCUAAAACAGUGAGUAUGAUAGUUAUAUCAGCGGAUACAACCUACUGUCCGUUAGUAAUCACCAGGAACAACAAAGGAAUUUACGCUUGGCCUCGAACAGUAGUAGGUUGGAAAGUCGAAUUACCUUGUGAAGGAAUCGGUCUCUCCGCCCUCACUACAAUCCCUCUUCAAGCUUCCUACCAAUGCAACUCUACAGGUAGUUGGAUCAAUCUUAAUACAGAUGCUUGCCCUUUCACUUCGCCCACGACAAAAGCUCUGGAACAAUACUCAAAAGUAAAUCUGUCUCUAACAAAAGGAAACUUAUUAGAAACCGUUGUAAGAUUUAAAAACCAUACUGGAUACCCGAAUAAAAUUACAGAUCCAAUCGAGAUCCAUUUCAUAGCAAAAACAAUCGAGAACUAUUUAAGCUUCUUGAUGGAAGAAGCAGAGCUUGGAGUCAUGUUGAUGGACGUCAUCAGUGCUAUCAUGACCCUCCCAAAAGAGAUGUUAAAGUGUUCAGAGACCUCCUACAACGCUUGUACAAGACUAAUCAAAUCAGUUGAAGUAAUCACGGAGUUUACUCCUUCAAUUCAACUCCAUAAGAAUAAUAUUGCUCUAGAAGAAUUCAAUCUGAAGACAGAAAAUUUUAUGGGCCUCACCUGUACCUGGUACAGCACAGCCUCGGGGGAAAUUAAACGUAGGCUCAUGCACUGUGCCACUAACAAUAGAACUGCAAUCCUGAACACUAAAGAUAAGUCAAUAGAAGCUUCAAUCCAACUCCCAGCUUCAUUACUCCAUCAUUUGGAUAUUACCGUCGUCCACCAUUUGAUGAUUUCAAUGUACAGCUCCAACAGCUUUUUACCCCUGACCACAGGGCCUCCUAAAAUGGACAUUACUUCCGGAAUAAUUGGAAGUAAGUUAAUAGGUUAUCCCGUGGUUAACUUAACAGAACCUGUCUACAUAAUGUUAAAAAUGCCUCGAUCCUACCAUCUAGGAAUUCGACCCAGACCCGCCGUAUGGGACAUGAAAUUUAACUCUUCAGGUCAAUGGUCCACCAAAGGUUGUCAGUUAUCAAACCUAGUGAACAACCUUGUCAUUUUCCACUGUGACAGGUUAGGAUACUACGGAUUAUUAGAAGAUACUUCAUAUCUCUAUGAUAGCCCGUAUGUCUCUGGGGCAACGUUCACAUACUCCAACCCUGCGAUCUACAUAGGAACGUUUGUAGCGAUAAUCUGUCUCAUAAUCACCUCAGUAACUUACAUAAUCUGUUACACAUCUAUCAUAAUGCCGAAGAAGGCGAAGCACUGUGUCAUAAACACUUGGAUAUCAAUCAUUCUCCUUUGCUUUCUGUACACCACUGGGAUCCAGCGGACGAAUUCCAUCGAGAUCUGUCAGGCGGUAGGUCUCGUCCUUCAUUAUCUAUCCCUGUGUUGUCUCCUCUGGAUGGCAGCGUCAGCCAGCAAUAUGUAUAAACGAUUAUCGAAGCCUGAGGUGACUGCAGUUCCUGAAGAUGAAAUCCUUGAGCAACCAAUUCAAAAGCCUUUAUUAGGCAUCUAUCUAGUGGGAUGGGGUAUCGCUUUGAUCGUCUGUGGCAUUUCUGGAGCCAUCAAUUUAAGAGAAUAUGCGGGAUACUCUUAUUGUUUCCUCUCUUCUGGCCCUGCACUGGCAACUCUCUUCGUUCCUGCCAUUAUUCUGAUGUUCUAUCUUAGCAUCUUUUAUCUUCUCAUUCGAUGUGCAAUCAGAAGUGGUGAUCACAAUGGACAAUUAUCAGAAGGGACUCAAGGAACUGAAAAUAUGGAUUUAGAGUUAUUAGAGCCAAAUGAGAACAUUGGGGAUCAAAAUAGUAUUCACUCGACUCAAACAGUUUCUUCGGAGAUUGAAGAUUUCGAGCAUUCUGAAAUUACUCAGCUGAAGAGUCAGGUAGUGAUCCUAAUUCUGUAUUUGAUUGUCUGGUUCUCAGGGGCUGCGGCGACUGUAAGACCUUUCAGUUUUCACAUGCCUCAUGAAGAGACAAUUUUUGCUGUUAUUUAUGGAAUUUCUGUCAGCGCUCUUGGAUUAUUCGUGCUUCUGUUCUAUGGAAUCGCGAGGAGUGAUGUGAGAAAUCAGUGGAGCCUCCUGAGAUGUUGGUUGAAGAAAAAAAAAAACAGAUGCUGCAGAUCUCGAAGUGUCACCGAUACAAAUCCAUCUUUAACUGUGCAACCUCUGGUGCAAAACCUCUCAGUUCCGAUUUCGAAUACUCAAGUAACUCAAGUGAUCUGUGAUACUAAUUCUCUUAAUUCGUCGAAACUCACCAGCGUCUCUCGUGCAUGUAUAGCCCAUAAAACCUCUGAUAUUGGUUCUGAUUGUCUUUCAACUACUAAUAAAAGUCCAAACAUGAAUUUGGUUGUUUUCCAUCGUCAGCAGUAUCGUUCCAACAAUUCUGUAAUCACUUACACUGAAGCUACUCAUUCAGCCUGCAUUGAGAUGUUCUACAAUCCACGGCAGAGUGGUGUAGCCAGGAAGUUUUUCAAGAAACAAAAAAGGCACACGAAGCAUAAUAAUUUGGGCCCCAGGAAGCAAGGCGAUGGUGGAGCAACUAGUGAUGGAGAUAGCUGCAUCUCCGUUCCUAGACCAGCUGCAAGACACCACGAGUCGGAAAUCGAAAAAAGUGUCUUUGGCAGCAGUGUUAAAAUCAACAAUACCAAUAUUCAUGUUGAGUUAAACUUAGUUAACGCCCUCAACAACGUGAAUAUACUUUCCGACAGUGGUGGAAGCAUAUCUGAUGACGGAAAUAUGCCAAUUCAAUACGUAAUAGCUCAGGAAACAAGUAAGGAAAUGGUUAAAAAGCUGGACAACGAUCAUAGGAACGAUCUCGGAAAUGAUUUGCAAAGCAUAAUGGCACUAGGACCACUAUUGAGUCCCAAUGAAUCUGAUUUUGAUAGUAGAGCAGAAGAAGAGAAACAUUUGAAGAACGUUUCUCAACAAUGUAGCUUAGAGUACAGUUCUGAGUUGGGGUCAGGGACACAAGUAUUCAGUGAAAAAAGUGAUCACGAUCUUUCUGAGAUCGGGGAGACCACGAAGACUCCAAAAAAGAUCUUUGAAGGAGACUUUGAAUGUUCAAGUCUUCAUGAACUCUGUCAGAAGUCGGAGAAUGUAGGUAAACCUUUGAUAAGAUUAGAGCACUCAAGCAGCUUGUAUUGUCUCUCUGAAGAUCGAUUUGAAGAUAUUCACUGGCGAAAUAACUAUAGAAGUUCGUGUAAUGAUGUGAGGAGUGUUGAAAUGAGGACGAAGAAUUGUAAGGUCGGAACUAGGGCUUCCAUUGAUGAUUUCCGUAGCGAAGACAGUCAGAAUAUGAUCUCUGGGGUCUACAGAAAUGAUCAACAUCCAAGAACUGAAGAUAAGAGAUUCAUCAAUGAGAAUAUGCUCAAUACAUCAAAUAGAUCUAUUUUCAAUAGAUCGUUGAGAGAUGUCAAUCAUUGUAUCGAGAACGAUUGCGAGUUUUGGUUGAUUGAAUGUUUGACAGUGCCGGAUGUAAAUGAAGAAGUUUUGGUCAAUCGACAAGCUCGUGGAAGCAGUAGGGAUUAUUUGAGGAAAGAAUUCAACUCCUUGCGUGACCUCAGUACAAUUAAUGUAACCCUUGGGGCUACGAGACAUCUGGAUAUAAAUGCUAGUAUCGGCGUAGAUUAUGAGGACACUAAUUAUGAAAAUUCUCAGCACUUUAGUGAGGAUGGAGUGCCGUUGGAUGAUAUGUUACUGGAGACUAAUUCAGUUAAAAGGGAGACGAGUGUUUAGAAUUUUUUUAAAACAAAGUGUUACAAAAUUCAACCUACAUCUAAGCGAUGAAGAGCUUUAGGACAAGCCUUUUUAUAAUGCUCAAAAUUCUCUAUAAACAAUUUUUCAUCAUAGCGUGGGCUAAACUACAUGACUAUGAUCAAUGACGACGUCCAAUUGGUUAAUUUUCACCAAUGGAAUUGCCAUCGAUAACAAUACAGUAUUAUACGUUUCUGUGGAUUAGCGCAAUAUUCAUAUUGGAAUGCCAUGUAUUACGAUACAAAAUUAGUUGAUUUCUCAUGCAUGGUUCAUAUGCGAGUUCAUGCAAAUAACCGAAAAAUGAAUAAAUAUCCAUCUUUUUGCA